CCUCAAAUAAUUGUUGAGUAUGACCAAGGACAAAAUCGGCAAAGUGGGUUUUACCGGAAGGGGCUAGGACUCCGACAAUCCGUUAUCGUCGUUUUGUGUCUGAUUGAUACAACCCGUAUUUGAACUUUGUUUUCAAUUACUGGAGUGGAGUAAUUCAUUCAUUGUAAUUUCAUAAUUUAUACUCCAGGUUUCAAUUCCUCCCCUUUUCUAUUCAUAUACGGAUUACCAUUUAAGCGCAGGUUCUGACUCGGAAAAGAUAACUGCGGAUUCCAGCUGUUUCCGAUCCACUCUCAAACUCUUUUGAGCUCGUUUUGUAAAUAGUAAAGUCAAAUAGAAAGAGAGCAGAAACAGAAACAGAAACAAGAAGUUUAGUUGAUGAUUCCAAUUUGGCAUUGUUGGAGCUGGAAAAAUCUCGGGUAUAUUUAAAACGUGUUCUGCUAUCAGGCAGCUAUGUUGAGCUUCAAGGAUUGGGUCUUAUCUCAAUUAGUGUCCAGGACACUAGCAGAACCAACAUCAGAAAGUAUUUUGUCACGGGAAAGUCCAAAUGAAGAGUACGACACCCGAGCUACUCUGGUUAUGUUACCAGCAUCCCCUGGCACUUCUUUCUCUUCAAACAAUAAUAAUCCAGAAAACCAUAACCAGUUGUGUCCUUCACAUCAACUCAUCAAUGAAACUUCCUCUCACCAGACUGGUAACGGCUUUAUUGAGAAAAACCCAAUAGCUCGAAUUGAAAAUCUUCAAAUCGAGUUUUUGCGUAUUCUUCAUCGUUUCGGGUUACCAGAAGACGAUAUCAUGGUGUCGAAGGUCUUAUACCGGGCCCACUUGGCCACAAUGAUUCGUGCAAGGGAAUCUGAUUUGAAAAGAUUCAGUCUUCAAAUUGGGAAAGCGAGAGAGAUAGCAGCAGAAAGGGAGGUGGCUUUGUGUCAGCCUGAACUGGGAUUCUCCUUUAAGGUGCUUUUACUAGGUAGAACUGGAGUUGGGAAGAGUUCAACAAUAAAUUCUAUAUUUGGUCAAAGUAAGGCCACGACAAAUGCAUUUCAUCCUGAGACAAAUCACGUAUACGAAAUCACCGGGACCAUGAAGGGCGUCAAAAUUUCUUUCAUUGAUACUCCUGGCCUGUUGCCUUCAUCUCCAAGAAAUACCCGGUUAAACCGGAAAAGUUUGAACAAGGUGAAGAAAUACAUAAGAAAGAACCCUCCAGAUAUGGUAUUAUAUUUUGAACGACUUGAUUUGAUGGACAAUGUGGGUUAUUAUAGUGAUUUCCCUUUAUUGAAACUUGUGACUGAAGUGUUUGGUAUUUCAAUUUGGUUCAAUGCCAUCCUCGUGAUGACCCAUUCUGCCUCCCCUCUGCCUGAAGGUCCUCACGGGUACCCAGUUACUUUUGAGUCGUACACUGCCCACUGCACUGCUCUUCUUCAACAUCACAUCCACCGGGCAGUGUCCGACCCGAAACUCCAAAAUCCAGUGGUUAUGGUGGAGAACCAUCCUAACUGCAAGACCAAUGGUUCUGGAGAGAAGAUUCUCCCGAACGGGCAAGUUUGGAUGGUCCGAUUCUUUUUAACGUGCAUAUGUACCAAAGUUCUUGGCGAUGUUAAUACUGUGUUGGGCUUUGAAGAUAUAAAAUUGGGUCCUUCUAAAGCCACUCGUUUGCCUUCACUUCCCCAUCUUCUUUCAUCUUUUCUUAAACAUCGUGCUCAACGAACGCAUGAUGAAACUGAAGAGUUAGAUUAUGAAGAGGGUGAGUAUGAUGAAUUGCCUCCUAUUAGGGUUCUGACUAAAACUCAGUAUGAUAAAUUAAGUCCCCAGGAAAAGAAUGAUUAUCUUGAUGAGCUGGAUUUCAGGGAAACCCUCUAUUUGAAAAAACAGAUGAAGGAAAAGUCGUGGAGCUCUCUGGACGGACAGGCAGAACGAGCAGAGCUUGUUCCUCUGCCUGAUAUGGACAUCCCACCUAGUUUCACCUCGGAUUGGCCCGCACAUAGAUACAGGUGUCUCACUACUAUUAGUGAACAAUGGGUUGCUAGACCAGUUCUUGAUCCGCACGGGUGGGACCAUGACAUGAGCUUUGAUGGGAUCAAUUUCGAGAUGAAUGGAAAAGUUAUCGGCAAUGUUGUAGCAUCCGCCGCGGGGCAAAUGAGCAAGGACAAACAAGACUUUAGCAUUCAAUCAAAGUGUACUGCUGCUUAUAUGAAUCCCAGUGGGUCCGUUUGUACUGCCAUGGGUCUUGAUGUUCAAUCCACCGGUCAAGAACUGAUCUGUUCUUUACACAGCAAUGCACAAGCCAAGAAUCUGAAGUGUAACAUAACGGAAUGUGGAGUUUCUCUGAAUUCUUUUGGCGGAAAUUACUUUCUGGGCACUAAGGUCGAGGACUGCUUGAGCGUCGGGAAGAGGUUGAGGUUGACUGUGAAGGGCGGGCGGAUGGCAGGUGCCGGGCAAGCGGCUUAUGGGGGUAGUUUUGGAGCCACUCUGAGGGGGAAAGACUACCCGGUAAGGAAUGAGAGUGUGAGUUUUACGACGACGGUCCUCUCAUUGAAUAGAGAGACUGUGUUGAGCGGAGAGUUGCUCAUGGACUUCAGAUUGAGUCGGGGAAUGAACGUUUCUGUUGGGGCUAAUAUAAGCAACCAGAUGAUGGGGAAGGUUUGCAUUAAAACAAGCAGUUGCGAGCACAUGGAAAUAGCUUUCAUUGCACUUUUGUCAGUUCUGGGAGGCCUACUCAGGAAACUGGUAAAAGACCAUAACAGCAAACAAGCUUUUUAAAAUAGGUCUCCGCUAUAAUUGUUGCUAGGAGGUACUUCUUUCAUUUCAAAUUGACUAGCAAUGUAAGGUUUCUAAAAUUGAAUGACGUUAAAGUUAAAUCUUCCUUAAAGAUAAUUAAAUCAGUUUACUAGUUAGAAAUUUACCUAUUGAGGGAAUAAAAAAUACUUCUAUUGGAAUUUAGGACAGUAACUUGUUUUUGUUAGAACCAAUACGUUGUGCUACUCCAUUGAGUA